CUCGUGGUCCGCCUUUUUCCUUGUGCGGUGCUGCGAGGUACUGACUGAAAACAGAAAGCAGCUCUCUCAUCAAGGUUCUUGAAAAAUCACACAAUGCCACCGAAUUAUCCGGUGACAGUCUGACAGAUUCCCAAAUAUCACAACAUUCUCUCGCAAGAUUGUCUGUGCUGUCCGGCCCAGCCAUUGUCCCAGAUUCCACCAUCGCCCCCACGAAAUUUGUCACCGGACCUCUUCAUCGCAGACAAGGCCUGUCCCGCUCGUCUUCUGGGGACCCUGGCCCGUCACUGCCUAGUGAUCUGGGGCCGAAAGAGGGGCACUCCUCACACUGUGUUGCAAAGACAGGUUCAAUUGACGUUUGCAUCAUGGGUGUUCACCCACCCCACGAAAGCGCCCAGGUGAAACCCUCCUCCUCCCCUCUCACCCAUCCAGUGACCUACAAGAACACAGCCCGCCCGAUUCCCUGACAUUCUCUUCGCCCUCUUGCCCUUCUCGCCAACCUGACCCUUCCAGCCUCCUGUCCAGUCUUCGUCGUCUCACCACCACACCAAAUUCUGAUCUCAACAUCGCUCCAUCCACUCUUGGGGAUCCAAGGUCUAACCCUGCCCUCGUCGACCUGAGCCCGCGCUGGCGGGAAACACACUUGGACCGGGGAUCUUUGUCCUCUCGAUACACUUCCCCGUCUUUGCACCACACCCACCGACGGUGAAAGACGAUUGGCCAGGGCCAACAAGCUCACCCAGCUCCGUCCAUCUCCGCUCUCGGCAGCAGCCUUGAAGGACUCGGCGCUGGUCCACGCGCAAGCUGAAGCGCCCAGGAAUUGGUCAAAGGAGUCAUCCGACACGCAAAAGUAUCUGAUAAUUAGCCCAAAGAAUCAAUUCUUUUAAAGCUCUGCCUUUGGUCGGUCGUCUCACACACUCAAGCUUCGCCUGUGCCGUCUUUUUUCGGUUCAAAGAGAUUCAGACAGCUCUUCCAAGCUACACUACCACCUACCUUCAUACCUACACUUACACAAGACACACACCCCACCACGCGAGUUUCCACUUGUGUUCCCAUCAACUCAACCGUCACUUCUCUUCUAUAACAGACAUCCCGACUACACAAGCGCGGGGUAAAAUCCUGCUCGUUGGCUACCCGAUUUGCACGCCAAGUCCACGAGUUGUCGCGACACACAACGUUGUGGCCCGUCAGCAGCACCGCAACGCAACACAGACUCAUUGCUGGGCGGCAACCCGAGUCAAGCCCUGUUAUUAGACACCUUCCCCGAAGGUUCAGCGAUUGCAGACUACUGGCCCAAGAAUCCAACUAUCGAGUGGCCCGGCAUAAUACCAAGGGACCAUCACAGUCCACAAAAGGCCGCCAGCAACCGAUAGCACCGACAACCCAAGAGGGAAAAAAAAGAAAAAUCUCUUCUGCAGCAUACAUAUUCGCCACCGCACGACACACCCCUUUGCUGGGCUCCAAUUGCGAGGAAAACUUUUUCUUGUUUGGACGACAACUUGCCAAGUUCAAAAGGAUCAUCUUUUCGUCGCUCAAUUGUUACCCAACCCCCAACCCCUAGCUGUCCACACAGGCUUUAUCCCGGGUUCUUCAGUUCUCGCUCUCUGAAGCUUCAAAUUCCCCGCCUCCCCCCGUCUGGGCCAUCUCCAUCCCCACACUUGGACCCCAAGGGACUUUGGACGAGCUACAGCCAACCAGCAUUCCCUGGUCUCGACGCCCUGCGCUUUCACCUCGAGCUCCCCUGAGCUGCACCAAUCACAAGGCUCGUCUCCAUGCAUCACCACCGUCGAAAGUCGGGCAACACGUCCAUGACCGACGUCCGCAAAGCAACAGUCGGUGCAUCAGACCCCAAUUACAGGAAGCACUCAUCCAGACCUACCACCAUGACGAGAAGAAUCACACCGCAAAGCGCCCCAAAGCUGGGCAGGAGUCGCGAGGACAGAGAGAGGGAACUGGACGAUGAGCGCUGGUGGGAUGAGGAGCGGGAGAGCUUCCCGCAGUACUGCAUGGUGUGCGAGAAGCAGUUCAUUCCAGCCGACGACCAGAACCUCUACUGCUCAGAAACAUGCCGGUACGAUGACCAGGUUAGCGCCUCGACGGCACCGAGCCGUGGAAGUCACCCACCUACUCAGUACCCUUUCUACUCGGGAGCUCCAGAGCCUAGAGAUAUCGUACCCCGCGCCUCGCCUUCAAGGCCUAGCUCUACGCACUUUUCCCCGCCCUCAACGGCCGUAAAUGCGCUCAAGUCGUCACUAUACAUCCGCCCACCGAGUCCCACGUCACCCAUGAUGGGUACCUCCCACAGCGGUGUCUGGUCGUUUGGCAGGGGCACUGCUACAAGCCCAGACAACUCGUACACGAAACCCACCUCGAGUUACUUUUCGACCACUUACGACGGGGCGUACUACGACCACUACGGCUCCUCAGUUGACAGACCCCUUCCGUCACGCAGGCCUGGUGUUUACUCCAGACCAAAGAGCAUCGAACUCGUCACACCCAUGCUCGCCUCCGGGAGGUAG